UAUUGUAUAAUUUAAAUUUUAAAUAAUGUUACCCAAAUUAUUCUAUUUCAUUUGCUAUACUAUGUGGAUUUUAAAUACAAUAUGUUCUGUAAGUUCUAAAAUAAAGCCAAAAUCAUAUGAAAAAUAUUUGACAGAAGUAAUGGAUCAUUUAAGUGAACAAAUUGGAUGGGAUUCUUUGCAACAUUUGGAAAUUAAAUACGACUUUUCUACAAAGAUAAGUACUAAUAUUAAGGACGUUAUUUGCAAAGGAAGUAGUACAAUACUAUCAAAAAAGUUCGAUGCUAUAAUUCAUAUAUUAAAUUACAUGUAUGCAGAAGUCAUCAAAACAUUUAUUGAUCAUAUUUGCGCUAUAGCUAAACGAUGUCAAGAAUAUUAUGACUUAAACCAGGGAGAUAAUUUUUUAAGUUGUACAGUUUUACUUCAAAGUGUUGUGGAAAAUUCGAAAACCAUGUUUGAACAGUUAUACAAUGUAAUGAACUAUCUUAGCAACAUAGAUAUUAAACUAUUAGCGAAUAAAAAAAAAACUUUCUCUGUACCUAUAGUAGAUGAAAUUUAUACUUUUGUAGAAUAUGCAUCAUUAAAAACUAAACAAAAUACACAGAUUUUUAUCAAUCCAAACGAUCCAAACACAAAAAAAGAUGCUUGUGAGGUUAUUUUAGAUGUGAACAGUUUUAUCGAAAGAAAAGGUCACAAGGCCUAUAAGAAAAUUAAAGAAAAAAAUAGUUUAGUUUUUCACAAUCAUAAACCAAAAUUCUCACUUGAAGAGAAUCUAGAAGACUAUAAAGCGCUACAAAAUAAAAACAUCGAGUUGAGUUAUUAUUUAAGUGAAUGGCUUAACAUGUAUUAUAUUGAAGUUUCUACAAAUUUAUACAAAAAUCUUGGUUUUGAACAAGUUUUAGAAUCAAAAAAUGAAAGUAGUGUCAGAUUUCCAGUUUAUUUAUAUGAAAAUAUUGAUCAAAAAGAGGGAAUCGAACUAAUAAAUGCAAUUACUAAAGAAAAUGGAUGGAAAUCAUUGAAACCUAUUCAUAUUGUAUUUAAUGAUCAAGUUAUAAGCGUCGACCGUAUUCUUAGACACCCAGCAGACAGACUAAAUUUUCAUUGUAAAAAGCAACAUGUAUUAAGAGUUAUCAAGUGCAUUUAUACAGAAAUAAUGUUUAAGUAUUAUGAAUAUGUAAUCUUCAUAUUAAGUUAUUGUGAAAUGAGAUAUGUGAAAUGUAAUGAUUUAAUAUAUAUAAAUUUAGUGCGACAAAUUUUUGAUGCAGUUCACGAGUCAACUAAAAUGUUUGAAGUAAUGUAUAAAACAUUGGUAUCUUUAAAUAAACAAAUAGGAGAAUAUAUUCAUGACAACUGGAAUUCGAAUUUAAAAUGCUUGUGUACUUUAAUCACAAAAUUACUUGAGGAAAUAAAUUCUGAAAAAUAUUCAAUAGAUGUUUUGGAUAGCAAAAUUGAUAUCAGUGAACAGAGUAAGAAUCUGUGUUACGCAAGUAUAAGUGUUAAAAAUAUCACAAAAUUUUUAAAAUAUCACAAAUCGAAACACCGUACUUUAAAUGAAUCACAUGAAAAACAAUGUCCAAUUAGGAAUUUAUUGUUAAACAUUGACAUACCUAAUUCAAUAAAUACGGACACCUUUUCAUCUGCUUGUAACAAACUUAUUGUAUUUUCUGAAAAUGUUAUAAAAGUUUACUAUGAAGAAUUAGGUUUAAAUAAAUUUAAUUAAUUUAUUAA